AUGUCGCAAGUCUCCGAUCUUGUCAAGGACUCGAAGCUCCCCGCCAAAUUCGAUGCAGAGCUUACAACGCACACUUUUCUUGAAUCAACGUUAGUGGGCGGUCGGCGCGGAAGACGUCGAGAGCGCGAGGAAGUAUGGAAGAAGAAACGUGAUCUUGGAAUCGGCAUCUUCGGUACUGUGUGGUUGGAAGAAUGUGUCGGUCAAGGCAAGCUCCGGGCUGUUAAGGAAGUGCGCAAGUCAGUCCCGGGAUCGAGGUCUAUGGAUUAUAAUCGCGAGCUAGAAGCCAUUGCUCGUUUCUCGCAACAAAAGUAUGACGGUUGCUUUGUGAAAUCAUCGGGCUGGUUUGAGAACACCGAGUGUCUGUUUAUCGCAAUGGAAUAUUUCCCUCUUGGAGAUCUGCAGAAGUACAUGACGCAGCUAUUCCGGGAAAGAGAAGCACAGCAUAUUACCUUCCAGCUUCUCGAGAGUCUUGACUUUAUGCAUAGCAAUGGGUUCACUCACGGUGACCUGAAGCCUCAGGAGAAUAUUUUUGUGUUAUCUACGGGCCCAGAUUGGUGGGUAAAGAUCGGCGACUUCGGAAUCAGCAAGCGUGUGAUGGAAGGAUUUACGGGUCUACAAACGUUCAAUGACAUGCCAGCCUUUACUGCGCCAGAGGUGUAUGAACGGUUAUGGGGUCCAUCCCCAGGAAGCGCAACAUCGGGAUCAGAUUAUUGCCCUGAAAUUGAUAUAUGGGCCCUGGGCGUGAUCACUUACUACCUGCUCACCGGGAAGUUUCCUUUCUCUGGCAAAACUGACCUACUCGAGUACUUACAGAGGGCAUUCGAUACUGCCUUUUGA